UUGCAAAAGUCAGUUGAUUCUCUGCAAAUCAGUUGCAGAGACUGCAAACUUGCUGUUGUCGAAGAGAUUGUAGAUGCCCGCAAGAAGAACUGUCGCAAGAUACAUCCGUCACUAAAAUAACAGGCUCCUUGCAUGUAGCUGAACUGAAGAUCUGAAAAGCAACAAUGGAGCAAGAGUUAGUCACCCAUGGACUGAACAGUGUUAUCUUUGACGUGUGGGAAGCAGCAGUAUUACCUUUCUUGUCACUUGUGGACAUCUUCCAGCUAUGCGGUGUUACGAGACACGUCCGGAACCUGCUGCAUACUGAAAACACAUUCAGGCGUCUAUGUCAGAAUCGCUAUCAGAUUAGUCCAAAUUUGAAACUGUCGUUCAUAUUAGUUGCGAAGCACCUCUCCAUCGCCACCAGAGUAUCCAGCAUACAUAGAAGCAAAAAUGGGGCUGACCAUCACUGGACUGUGCCAGUUGUCGACUGCUAUGAUCCUCAUCAUCAUGCCUGGGUGUUCAACCAAAAACUCAGAACGAUGGUGCAGUUGGCCAGCCUAGAGUUGAUGUCGCCAAAUUCCAAUACCCUUAUCCGGUGCAGCCCUCCGCUUGUGAAGCCUUUAAUAAAAGAACUUUGGCUACCAUCAAAAAACACUUCUUCCUUCCUACUCAACCUUCCAACUUCAUUGAUUGAGGAAAAAUGUCGACUAGGAGAAAGGACGAUGCACAGUUUAAACGACGCGACGAGUCUGUUGCUGAAGAUUUGUGGCUCCCAUGAAGAGUACCAAACAUGUAUCCUGAAAAAAAUGGAACAAGAUAGUCCGAGGAUUGAGUCGUGCUUGCCCUACGCGAACCGCUCUGGUAAGCUAGUCGAGCUUGCAAAAUGCUUUGAAUGCGUAGCAAGGAGAGAUCCAACAUUGCUCUCGUCACUAAAAUGUGAGAACCUGGUACCAACACUUCCUCAGCACAUUACUACUCGGUGGAUCUAUAACCCAUACGACUAUAUAUUAAUCAAGAAUGAUAAGAGUGACUUUCUCAGCGAUGACGUUUUGGCAACUCAGAAUUGGAUUGACUUCACAGUAAAGCUAGCAGAGUGUCACUCAGUGCUCAAGCUACUGAUCAGGGGGCGCUUACGUGUAUGGCAGUUUGAGGAUUACUUCGCUGCUGUCAUGGAGUACGACGAGCUCUGGCACAGUCUGCCCCACUCUAGUCGUCCCAGUCAGGAGGUUCUCUACCGUGACUUGGGAAGCUACCUACUUUCCACAAUACCAAUGUCGCAGGAACUGAGAAAAGAGGAAUUGCUGAAUGCCAUGGAACAGUGUGGCAAGAAGACUGUUGACAGUGCGACCCGCAAAGUGUGUGACAGUGCGUCGAGCGAAGUGGUUGACGGUGCGCCCCAUGAAGUGUGUUGCUGCGCUCGUGCACCUUGCUGCGUUCUGUUGUAGGUGUGGAGGUUGUUUUUCUGCUGUUGUUGGACCUACAUGUACAUACACUACUUGUCCAUAGCCUAUAAAGCAUUGCGAUCAGACAUUCUUGCCAUUAGUUACUUCUGACCGUGUUUGGUUAAUUUCGUGUAUUGUUAAUUGGAUUGUACUUGAUUUUUCCUUUUCUCGCAGUUUUUCAAAGUUAAAACGUACUGUACUCUCAUUGUUGUGUGUUGUUUCCUGUUUCUCUCUAUUAUCCAACGCCGGAGAUUCUUUGGGCGCUAACGUCCAAUAAAAUGACUGAUUGUAAGUGCUACAUAUCCGAGUAUCUAAUAAUUCUUGCCAUAAGGUACUCCUGACCAUUUUUUUGUUUUUGCGUAUUGCAAAUUGGAUUGUACUUGAUUUUUUCAUUUUCUCGUAGUUUUUUCAAAGAUAAAACGUACUGUGCUCUGAUUGUUGUGUUUGUUUCCUGUUUCGCUCUACUAUUCAACGCCGGA